GUAGAGUGAAUGGCCAAUGGGAGUUGGCUUGUCGAGCAAACACUGAGCCCUGCGUUCCCAUUCAUUCAGUGCUGAAUAGGCCCGCAGAGCUGGAAGGAGCGCACUGCUGUCUGACCCGACAAGGUUUUUUUUUUUUAAUUCUUGACGCAGGAGCGCUGAUUCCCAUCUUCUCCUCUCCGCAACAAUAAGUAACAGCCACAACUCAAGGGCACAUCUCAGCAGAUGCUGGAAGAUUAUGGGAAACUCUUGGAUACAAGCUCACACGUGUUAUAGGGCUAUUUGACUCCUCCGGGACAUUUUAUUUUAUUUUAUUUUCACAAUUCUUGCACGGGACUUCCAUGACUGGGUCGUCUCGCCUAGUGAUCGGCCUCCAAGUGCGCAGCAACUCUCUGGGUGAUUUCUCUUCUUCCCUUCUUCGUCAGAGCUCAAGUGGAUUUAUAUCGUUCCGCCUUUGAGGAUAAAUGCACGCGUAACCUUCGCAGAACUUUUCUUUAUCUACAAGUUGUCAAGACAAGGGAAUAACGUAAAGGGAUACACUCGCACUUGGAUUAACACACUGAAUGUUAUGCUUUAGACCUCACAGUCUACGUUUGGACAUUGCCCCUUUCUUUUUUUGGAUGGAGUUUUGGUGAACUUUGCUAGAUGGAUUCAACGUUAUGGAUGCUUGCAUAUAGGUUUUCCGAUGCAUGUCCACGGUGAAUGUCGGAAGUGGUGAUCCCCCCAGAUGGAGCUCCAAAGUCAACAUGGCCCCGGCGGUUCAUUAGUGGUGAUCCAGCAGCCUUCCCUCGAGAGCCGGCAGAGGUCAGAUUACGAGCGGGAGCUCCAGCAUGCCGCCAUUCUCUCCCUGGAACAAAUCAAGGCCAUCCGUUCCAGCAACGAGUACACCGAGGGGCCCUCAGUGGUACGGAGGCCCCCUGCACCCCGCAUGCCCCCCAGGCCUCAUGACAAGCAGGAAAGGACUCACGAGGUCAUCCUCGUCAAUGUGAACAACAAUUAUGAGCACCGGGCGUCAGGUCAUCACCAUCACAUUGGGGGUGGUGUGGUGGUUGUGGCUGGGGGACAGCAGUACGGCGGGUCUCGGGCACCGGGGCUCAGCCGCUCCACAAGCACAGGAAGUGCUGCUAGUUCAGGGAGCAACAGCAGUGCCUCUUCUGAGCAAGGACUCUUGACACGCUCACCCCCCACCAGGCCUGGCAUGGGCUUACAGCACCACCACCGAGCGGACCAGCCUGUACGGACUCAGCCCAAAACCAAGGCCUUUUUACAGCCCCAGCAGGGACCUCACUCCCACCAGCCUUCUCUGGAGGCUCCACUCAAGCCCCAGGGCAAAGGAAAAUCAGACUUUUCAAGUUCUGGUGACGACGUGAUGGCUGCCGCUGGACACCAGUUCAUCUGUGAGCGUUGUGGGAAGUGCAAGUGCAGAGACUGCACGGCUCCCAGGAGCCUGCCCUCAUGUCUGGUGUGUAACGGCCAGUGUCUCUGCUCUGCUGAGAGUGCACUGGAGCAUGGCACGUGUAUGUGCCUGGUUAAGGGUAUAUUCUACCACUGCUCCAAUGACGAUGAGGGGGAUUCAUGCGCUGACCACCCCUGCUCUCUGUCACGUUCCCACUGCUGCUCUCGCUUCCUCUGCAUGGGAUUAAUGUCGGUACUCUUCCCCUGUCUGUUAUGCUACCCACCUGUCAAGGGGUGUCUGAAAGCAUGCCAGGGUUGCUACGACCGGGUUAACAGGCCUGGCUGUCGCUGCAAGAACUCCAACACUGUCUAUUGUAAACUGGAGAGCUGGGCCCCGCAGACCCAGGAAAAGCCUUCCUGAUUGCUUCCUGUGUGCUUGUGAUUGCGUGUGUGCAGGAGACUCUUGAUGUGGAUCACAUGACAAUGAAAAUGAUGAUAGUCACAAAUUCAUGUUUAUCAAACAUUUUAAGCACCUCCCACCUAACUCCCCUCCUGGUUGUGGAAUCCUAAGGGGCUAAGCAAAGGAGUAACGAAAACCACUCAAUUAUUUUUUUUUUUAUUUUUACUUUUUCUGGAUCAGGACCAUGUUUUUACAGACCAGUGUUUGCCUUAAUUGUUUCUAUGUCUGUCCUCAGCUUCAGCUCCUCAUUAACACUUUUUUAAAAUAUAUAUAUAUUUGACAAAGUUUUUCUUCCGUUUUAGGUAGGCAGUUUCCUCUGGGUCUGUGUGCCUGGUGGGAGCUGCCUCUCACCAAAUCUGUGAAGGACGAUCUACUAUAGGGCAAUUAUGUAGCUGUUACCUGGUAUUCAUAGCAAGCAGGUAUGUUUGAGUUUAUUGGUUGCUACCACACUAAAACUGUGGUUUCAAUAUGCUCGUGUUGCAUUAACUAAAGCACAUCCAUCUCAUAGUAUUUUCCACUUGGAUAUGUUUCUCCUUCCACCCGCCUGACUUAUUCAUACAUCUUCUGUGGCAUUCUCCCAUAUUGUUGUUUUUUUUGUUUUUUUUUUGUGUAAAUUUUAUGCUCAAAAUCCAUAAGAGGAAUUCUGGCUUUUUUUUUCUUCAAAGGAAAAAUUGUCUGUCAAACUUUUUUUUUGUUGUAAAAAAAUAUUUAUUAUGUGAAGCUCUAUUAUUUUAUGAUAUUUAUUGCAAGAGACAGUCUUAAAUUUACUCAUGUCUGAAUAUAACAAAAUAUCAAAUACUUACUGAAAAAUUAAAGGGUGGCACAAAAGAAAACUAUGUUAACUUUAAUGCAGAAAAUAUAUUAAUUAUUGAAAAAAAA